AUGGCAGGACAGUUUAUCGAGGUGCCAAAGAUCUCCGGUGAACCCGUCAUGGACUUCUACAUCCCCAUCUUCAGCAUCUUCUAUUUCCUAUUCAUGAUUGGUUGGUUGAAGGUAGCCUUGUGCGUGAUGAACCCGUUCGGUCAUGACGAUGUGGACUACAAGGCAUCUGAGAUCUUUGAUGCCGACCUUGUCGUCGGCUAUAAUAUGGUUUUGUUUGACGAGACCUUAAACCCCCAGACGCUUCAGUCCCCAACUCUCGAAAUCCCGCCCAUGAAGGGGCACGAAAAUGACAAUCUUCAGGACUUCCUAACCAACGUCUCAGAUGACCUCGUACAUUAUCAAAACUCUCAGGGGUACCACGGGUGA